UUUCAAGAACCGCAACUGGUGAUUCCUCGUAGUUUUAUAUUGUCUCUUAUACUAGAUGUUUUACUUUUUGCGUCUUCGCGGAAUAUACGUAGACAGUGAUAAGUAUGUAAAUCGCUGCUGUAUAUGUACUUAAGGAUUCUUUGUCAAACGUACUAAAGACGUUGCCACUCAUCUUCUUCAAUUUUCUUGACAAGUAUACACAAGCUGUUUCACGAAAAGUAUUUUAAGUAAUAUUGCUGACAGUUAAGGUUUUUAUACGAUUUACCUUGCAAUUUCGAGUUGCAAAUAAGAGUUGAUUCGGUGACAGUAGAUAUGAAUUCAUACAGAUUCAUAUUUCUUGUGCUCUUAAUUAUUAUAAAUGUCUCAGAAAGAAGAACGCAAGUUCUUCCAUACGAUUUUCUAAAUUUUCUAUUUCCUAAGGAUCCUGGUUUAAUAAGAGUAAGAAGAAUGGAUCGAGCAGAGGAAAUGAACGAGGCAAAAGUAUUAGAUUUCAUUGGUCUGGUGGAACAAUAUAAUUAUCCCGCUGAGGAGCAUAACGUCACAACAGAAGAUGGUUAUAAUUUGAAGAUACACAGGAUACCUGGUAGUCCAUUGUUUAAUAGCAGGAAUAAGAAAGAAAUUGUAUUCAUUCAACAUGGUAUUUUGGCUUCGUCUGAUAGCUGGGCCAUGUACGGUCCCAGUAAAGACCUUGCCUUUUUAUUAGCAGAUCAAGGAUAUGAUGUAUGGAUUGGAAAUAUGAGAGGAAAUACUUACUGCAGAUCACAUGUGAACAUGACGGUAUACGAUCCUGAAUUCUGGCAAUUUAGUUUUCACGAGAUUGGGACAAAAGAUUUUCCAGCCAUGUUUGAUUACAUUCUCAAUUAUACAAAGCAAAAAGAUCUAUAUUAUAUCGGUCAUUCAAUGGGAACGACUUCGUUAUUUGCUCUUCUGUCAUCAAAACCGGAGUACAAUAUGAAAUUAAAAAUGGCUAUUGGCCUGGCUCCAGUUGCUUUUUGGACGAAAGUAACACCUACAUUUACCGAAAUAGCUAACAUUCUUCCAACGUUGAAGGAAGUUCUACAACAGCGUGGAAUAUAUGAUGUUUUCCCACAAUCGUUAACGACUGUUAUGAUAGCAAGAAUGUUAUGUAAUGACAAUGCGGUGACUCAAAUUAUUUGCGUCACUAUAGCCUUUCUGAUCGUCGGUCCUGAUCCAGCACAACUUAAUACUACCACCCUGCCAGAAUUAUUAUCCUAUCUUCCAGCCGGUGCUUCUGUUCAAACAUUCGAGCAUUAUUACCAAAAUAUACGUACAAGUAAUUUUCAAAAAUACGAUUAUGGAGAGGCUGAAAAUUAUAAGCGAUACAAACAGAAAACACCCCCGAGUUAUGAUCUUAAAAAGAUUACUGCCCCGAUAGCUUUGUUUUACUCAGGAAAUGACAUGGUUGUUAAAGAAGAGAAUGUGCUGGAACUUAGCAAACGUUUACCGAACGUUUUUCUAACGGAGAAAGUCCCAUAUCAACUUUUCAAUCACGUGGAUUUCGUGUGGGCAAUCGACGUGAAAACUCUUUUAUACGAUCGUAUAUUAGAACUAAUACAAAAGUUCGAUACUAACCAAAAUAAAUUUAUGACAUAAAUGUAAUCGAUGAAUGUAAGUUAAAUAAAGGUAAAAAGUCUAAGCUCUCUAUAUUAUAAUUUAAAA